GGGAAAAGGGUAUGAAUUAUCAAGGCAUUUUAUCAUCAUUUGUUUAAAAAAAAUAGAUUUUUUUGAACUUUGAUUUAUUGUUUCAGGUUUUUCAUCAUCAUCAUCUUCAUCAUCAAGAAACACUCCCACGACUGAAAAUGAACGAUCUGAUGACCAAAUCGUUCUUGAGUUACGUGGAACUGAAAAAGCAAGCCCAGAUGGACGAUGAACCUGAGGAUAAAGACAUAGAAUUAGGCCAUCUGAGCAAUGAAGAUUCAAAUAACCUCUCCCAUUUCUUCCAGCAAGUUGAAGAGAUCCAGACCGACAUAGAAGGGAUCAGAGAUCUCUUCUCCGACCUUCAAUCCCUAAACGAGGAGACAAAAACGACCCACAGCGCCAAAGUUUACCGCGGAUUAAGGGACCGUAUGGACUCGAACAUGGUGACCGUCCUUCGCAAGGCCAAAACGGUCAAAACCAAACUCUGGGCACUCGACCAAUCGAAUUCGGCUCACCCAAAUGGAACCACAGUUGACCGAAUCCGUGUUUCCACCACCCACGGGCUGAGAGUCAAGCUGAAGGACAUCAUGAAUGAUUUUCUUGCGCUGAGACAGAAGAUCGUCUUGGGUUACAAAGAUGACCUGAGGAGAAGGUACUAUAAUGCCACAGGAGAGGUUCCAAAUGAAGAAGUGAUAGAGAAGAUGGUUUUGGGGAGAGAAGAUGUUCAGAUCUUUGACACAAAGGUGGAGAUGAAAGAGGAGAGCAGAGAGCGGCAUGAGGGUGUGAUGGAGAUUCAGAGGAGUCUGGACAAGCUUCAUCAGGUGUUCCUUGACCUGGCUGUCAUGGUGGAGGCGCAGGGAGCACAGAUUGACAAUAUAGAGUGCAAUGUCGCCAAUGCCGGAAGCUUUAUCAGCGGUGGGACCCACAACCUUUUCUACGCAAAGCAGAUGAAGCGCAGGGGGAAGAAGUGGGUGUGUUGGGUUUUCUCUGUGUUGGUUAUCGUCUUACUGGUCUGCCUCAUUAGCUUGCUAACUUCUUGAGAAGAACACUUGAAAGGAGAAAAAUGUCAAGAUUCUUGGCAAUAAAAGUUCACAGAUAUC